AAAUUUUCAUUGGCAUAUAAACAAAGGUCGUCUGGCAGUUUGGGUUUGCAGGAUUCGUUGUAGUUUAGUCAAGGUGUUAGUUGGUCAUCCAGUUGGUGGCCACAUCAUGACCCGAGCAUUGCUCACGCUCGCCUAUUUCGUGCUGACAUCCUGCUCAAUUGUGUUCACUGCCUGUGUAAACAACGUGACUGGCACAGGGACCAGCUCGCCUGGAGGAUUGAGCGCCAGCUCUGGCGUCAGCCUGACCAAUUCGCUGACCAGCGGCGGACACAUUCAUCGCACUGCGGCAGCCAUCGAGCGAGUGAACAAACUGUGGUGCUAUGCUUGCGACACCAUGGACGAUGGUCAGGCCUGUGUGGAUGUUGUGGUGCGCAAUGAUACGUCCAUGAUGAAGAAGUGCCAGGGCGAGGAGUUCAUCUGUAUGGUCAAGCGUUUCUCCUACACCACAAGCACAGAGAACUCGACGAGCUCGCCGAAGAUGUGGUCGCUGGAUCGUCGCUGCACUGUGAACUGUGAACCCGGCUGUAUCAUCAUUGGCGAGCGCACCAAGCUCUAUGCCUGCACAUCCUGCUGCGAGGAGUCCUUCUGCAAUACAGGACGUGGCGCAGCCUCAGGCAUCUUUCAUCGCGAGGCAACGGGCAUUGGCACACGCGUUAUCUGGCUGGCGGCUCCGUUCCUGGUCAACAUAUCCCUGAUGCUGUACAAGAACCAUGCCAGACAAGCCAUCUCCAAUCUGGUUGGUAACUCAGUCAAUCUGCAUCUGUAGCGAUCUGACUGCGCUUCCUCUCGAGUUGCUCAAAUCUAACAUAUUAACUGCAAUUGCAAUUGAAACUAGCCAAAUGUAAGAGUCAAUCUACUUCUGUUUUACCCACUUUGUUCAAGUGUACUAUAGUUAGCCAAUUACCAUGGUGUGAUAAUAAAUCAAUGACUACUCCUACU